CAGACCUGAGAAGAUCAACACCGGCCUGCAUGUCCUGCAGAGUGGCAAAACAUGUCUGGCUAACUGCAGCAGCACUCUUCAAGCCAUUUGCUAGGAUUUUAUCCUGGACUGAAACAAAACCCAAAUACUGCUGAGCACUCUGCAGAGACGGCCGUGUGGAUGCGUGGACGGCUGUGGGGCGCAGGGCUGCAACAUGAGGCAAGAGAGCAGGUUGCUGCGGUGGAUCUGGUGGAUUGUGGUCGUGACAGCCUUGUUCCUGCUGGGCUUCACCAUCGGCUGGUUUGCAAAGCCCUCUCACACGAGCACAGAAAGCCACAAAGCUUCAAAUGAGUACCUGAAAGAGUUUCUGGAUGAAAUGCAGACAGACCAGAUCAGAGACCAUCUCAGGAAGUUUACCCGUCUCCCCCAUCUGGCCGGCACGGAGCAGAACCUGAAAUAUGCAGAGCAGAUACAGAAGGAGUGGCAGGAGUUCGGCCUGGACUCGGUGGAGAUGGUUCCCUACGACGUCCUACUGUCCUAUCCCAACAAGUCACAGCCAAACUACAUCUCAAUAGUUGAUCAACUCGGCAAUGAGGUUUUUAACACGUCAUUGGCUGAGCCAGUUCCACAGGGUUAUGAAGAUAUUUCCAAUAUUGUACCUCCAUAUAGUGCUUUCUCUGCUAAAGGACAACCUGAGGGAGAUUUGGUGUAUGUUAACUAUGGUCGCACAGAAGAUUUCUUCCAGCUAGAACGGGAGAUGGGCAUCAAUGUAACAGGGAAGAUUGUCAUAGUCAGAUACGGCAAAAUAUUCAGAGGCAAUAAGGUGAAGAAUGCCAUGCUAGCUGGAGCACAGGGGAUCAUUAUGUUCUCAGACCCAGCAGAUUACUGGGCUGCUGGAGUACAGCCCUACCCUGAUGGCUGGAACCUGCCUGGUGGAGGAGCUCAGAGAGGGAAUGUCCUCAACCUGAAUGGAGCAGGAGACCCACUCACACCAGGGUACCCAGCUAAAGAGUACACCUACCGAUUCAGCCUGGAGGAGGGAGUGGGACUUCCCAAGAUCCCUGUGCAUCCGAUUGGCUUUGAUGACGCAAUCCACCUGCUGAAGAACAUGGGAGGCCAGACUUCACCCAACAAUUGGAAAGGAGCUCUGAAUAUCUCCUAUAAGAUUGGUCCAGGCUUUACAGAUGACUUUAAGACUCAGAAGGUACGUAUGAAUAUUCAGACAAACAACCAAGUAACGAGGAUCUACAACGUCAUUGGAAGGAUCAGAGGAGCUGUGGAGCCAGACAGGUAUGUGAUUCUUGGGGGCCACCGCGAUGCCUGGGUGUUUGGAGGAAUUGAUCCCAUGUCUGGAGCCGCCGUGGUCCAUGAAACUGUGAGGAGUGCUGGCACCCUGCUGAGAAAAGGCUGGAGACCACGAAGGACCAUAAUAUUUGCGAGCUGGGACGCAGAGGAGUUUGGACUACUGGGAUCUACAGAAUGGGCUGAGGACAAUGCCAAGCUGCUGCAGGAGAGAGCUGUGGCUUACAUCAACGCAGACUCAGCCAUCGAGGGUAUGUACACACUGAGGGUUGACUGCACCCCAUCCCUGCACACGUUAGUGUACGACCUCACCAAGCAGAUAGCCAGCCCAGAAGCAGGAGAGGAGAGAGUUUCUCUGUAUGACAGUUGGCAUAAAAGGGACAACUGGACCAAUGAGCGUGAUGCACCCAGAAUCAGUAAACUUGGGUCAGGCAGUGAUUUUGAGGCCUAUUUUAUCCGUUUGGGAAUUGCUGCAGGAAGAGCUAGAUACACCAAGAACAAGAAAACAGAGCGAUACAGUAGCUAUCCAGUCUACCACAGCGUUUAUGAAACCUUCGAGAUUGUGGACGGGUUUUAUGACCCCUCCUUUAAACGACUCCGGGCAGUGGCUCAGGUGAGAGGCGGACUCAUCUUCCUAUUGGCGGAUUCGCAGCUGCUUCCUCUCGAUGCUGACGAGUAUGCACACUCACUGAGGAAGUAUGCACAGAGCAUCGCAGGGCUAGCACAGAAUCACCCAGAACAAAUGGAGCUGUACAAAGUUUCCUUUGAUUCCCUGUUUUCUGCAGUGCAGAACUUCACUGUUGCAGCCAGAGAUUUCCAUGAACGCCUACAGACUCUCAACAGAGAAGAUCCUCUGCAGGUACGGAUGGUCAACGAUCAGCUCAUGUAUCUGGAGAGAGCCUUCAUUGACCCUCUUGGCUUACCUGACAGACGCUUUUACAGGCAUGUGAUAUUCGCUCCCAGCAGCCAUAACAAAUAUGCUGGCGAGUCUUUUCCUGGGAUCUACGAUGCUUUGUUUGACAUAGAGAACUCACCUGAUCCGGAGGAUGCCUGGAAGGAAGUCAAGAAACAUAUCAGCAUCGCAGCAUUUACCGUCCACGCCGCUGCCAUGACCCUGACGCCCCCUGCGUGACGCCCAGUGUCGAGCAAUGUGAUGACGGAUGACUGUGUUGUCAAAUCAGGAUGUGAUGAAAUACUGUCGUCUACUUUUCAAGAGACUCAUGCAGAGCACGCUUUGUUUCCAGACCUUUCUAAUAACUGUGAACGUCUUGAUCGUAUUUCAAGAAAUCUGUGAACAGAGUUGGUUGUUUUUUAAUGGUUUUUGUUUUGUACAAGUUACACCAACAUCUAAAAAAAUCCAUCCUUUCAUAUGUCCACAGAAAAUAGCAUGUAGAGAUCAGAAAGAAGAGUCAAAUGGGGAGUGAGGAACUGAGUUUGGCUCAUAUUAAUGAUAUUCCUUUAUUAAAUCGUUUUCACAUCCUUUCUGUUCAUCAAAAAUAUAGUUGUACAAACAAUGAUCAAACAACAGGACACAGACUGUCACCAUGAGGCAAUGGAGCAGUUCUUUAUCAUCUCCUACCUCUGUAACAACAACGUGGAAAAAAACAAUUUGGUAAAGUACAUCAUCAAAAAAAACAAACAAAGAAAGUAAAAAAAGUGAAAAUCACCAGGAAAUUCAUUUAGGUUCACUGGAUAGAAAUGAAACUAUGUAAACACAAUAAUAUGACCUUACUUCACUAAUCGAUAAGCUUUUUGCAUGGAUGAAUGUUCAGAACUGUUUUACCGGCCGGUCUUACCGAUCUUCACAUACACCACCCCUGAAGAAAAAGGUUGCUUCUGUUUAGAGGCAAUCUUUUACGGUGCUUUAUUUGGGAAGACAUUCAUUUCCUCAUGUGAUCUGCUCUUUGUUGCUUCUGUUUUUAUCAACAACAUUUCUGAGGAAGGCCCUUAACCCUAACACCUCCCCGGGUGCUGUAAAAAAAUAGCAGCCCACUGCUCCUAAUCCAACUAGAAAUGGGUUAAAAGCAGAGAAUAAUUAUCCCUUGUUAGAUGAAUAAAGGAUAAUAAAAUACAAUCUACAGGAUCCACAGGAUGGUACAAACGCCACAACCUUUUAUGAGCAGACUUGCUGCUGGUUCUUGUCUUCUUUUAUCGGACAGCGACAUUUUCCAUUGCUUUUAUGAAUGUCCAGUCAUGAUAUGGCUCAUAACUAAAAGUGCCACAUUUGUCUCAAUACUCUCACAAUCUGUUAAGCACAAAAGCAAACACGGUUUACUCAUAGUUAAAAAGGUUAAAACUCUUGAACCUCCUCCACACCACUACACCUGUACGAAUCAGUGACGGGAGUGAUGACGGCGAUGGGGAAAACACACACAUCAAAAUGUAUUUCAAAAUUAAAUGCGAAAUAAUAUUUCUGUAAGUGAAAAAAAAAACACAAUUCAGCAGUAUGCAUAUCCAAUACUACGUCUUUUUAUAUUAAAAAUACUCUGGGGAAUUUUUCAUACUCAAUUGCUUUAGUUGACGGUGUUCCUGAGUUUUAUCAAAUAAGAGCAUCAACCUGAUCUGACAUGAAUUUUACAUUUGCAACAAGGCAACACAUGAAAUAGCAGCUAGUUUCUUGUUCAUGCAAGUGUAUUCUCCACUCUCAACCCCUAUGAUCUAUUAUGCUGAAUAAUGCUAUAUCAAUAUUUACACCACAAGUGAUGUCAUCUGUCAAAAUGUAAUUAUACAAUUUGAUUUAUGGCUCAAAACCUAUUUGUGUGUGCACAAUAUGCUCAUUUGUUUCUUUUUCUUUUUCAUUAAUUUAUGAACAGAUAAUAAACUCAUUAGAUUCAUUUUCAGAAAGUGGGUAGUUUUAUCUUUUGCUUGCAUUCUCUCACAAAAUAGCUUAACUAAGAAAGCAAUAAUAAAGAGAAUAAAUACGUAAGAAUAACUAGAAUUCAUGCAGAUAAAAUGUAGUUUUAGCUUGCUUGGUUGUAAUUUAUCUAGACGUUUUAAACAUUGGUAUAGGUUAAGGUUAUAGAAAAUGUCUGCUGCCUAUUAAACCAUCUAAUGUCACAGUGCAGUGAUUUGACGAUAUAUGUAAAAGUCACAACACUGUGCCAACAUUUCGGC